CAACGCUGCUCAGCCAGUUCUGCCAUACCUCCGUUCCUCGUCGCCUCUCCACCUCCGGGUGGCACCGAGUGGCCGCCAUGGCGCUGGUCUCGGCGGCCCUCGGGGCGACCGCACUCUUCGGCUACAACCGUGAGAACUUCCAGUUCGACAAGAGGCAGAUGCUCCAAAGAGAAACGCUGCGCUUGAACAUGCAGCUGAAGCGCUUCGCCCUCUUCCGCGACGACGUGCGGGACCUGGUGACCCUCACCGUGGAUCGAAUGGAUGUGUAUCAUUUGAUCGGUGCUCUCUUCAUGAAGUUCUGCAUCAUCGUCUUCUGCAAGGGGCGCAUCCAAGCCUCCGCACCACCUUUCGUCUUGCAACUCUUUCAGCUCUCCAAUGCUUGCGCCUUCAUGUACUUGCUGUUGGCAGUUUGGCUCAGCAUGCACGCGUCGAUCGCCUCCCAUAGCUUUGGGGUGAAGAUGCUCACGCGCUUUGUUCGGCUACCAAUCCCCACGCAGAAGCAGCUGACCGUCUUGCAGUCCAAGCUGAUUGACUUCGAGAAGCAGGGCAUUGCGCAGAUGAUGCGGCUGCCCUUCCAGGAUCAUCAGGAUUGGGAGGCAGUUCGUGGGAAAGAACCAGGGCUGCCGCCGCAGGCGAAAGGGCCCAUUGAGAAGGCCGCAAGUGCAGCGAGCCUGCAGCCUGUGAGUGCAGACAGUGCCAGCGCACAGGACUUGGGAUCUGAACCCAUGGUGGCCACGGUGGAAGCAGGCGACGCGGGGACGACCUCCGCGAUGCUGUUGGACUCCAAGGAGACGAAGCCCUUCGAGGAUUUGCUGAGCAGUUCCAGGGGCGCGAUGCCCGAGCGGCACGUGCAGCUCUUCCGACAGUUGCAAUUCAAGUGGCAGUGCUACGAUGCUUACUGUCGUGUUUGUCUUGGCUUGGGCCUGAACCAUAUUCUACAGGCGCUCACCUACUACUGCAUCUGCCAUGCCUUGGUGGAGAACCGCACGCCCAGCCUUGGCUUCGGCCUGGUCGUGCUCUUCCAAGCCGCCACCAUCUUCGUGGCCUUUCUGGACCUAGCGGGCUUGCAGCACCGGGAGAUCAUCACCGUGCAGAUCGUCAGCAUCCUGCCCUCCUUAGCGACGGCGCUGGAGGUGAGUUUAAGCCCUCGCGAUGAGGAAGGGAAGCUGAUCCCGCACCAGGACUUCCGGCUGUCGCCAGUGAGCUUCUUGUGCCACGCCAUCUGGCUGGAGCUCUGGCUGCGCAUCGCCUGGCCGAGCGGCGCCGAGAAGCAGCUCGCGCAGCUGCCGCGGCGCUUCCGACAGGUGCUCUUCCUGGAUCCCUUCGGUGAUGUCUUCUGGGACCCCAACCAGGUCGAUGCAGGGAGGUCGCUCUGGGAGGCGCUCAACGCGGAGAAGGACACGGAGCAGACCGCGGCGCUGCACGCGGCCCACGAAGCCGCCUGUGCCGCCACCUCGCAGCUGACGGUGGCGCAGUGCGCCCUGCGGCGCUGGCAGUCGGUACCCAGCUGGUGUUGCUCCCACGCGCAGCGUGCGGAACUGGCUCGGCUGGAGACCCGACGUGCCAAGUGUGGAGGUGCCAUCAGUAGCGAGCUGGAGAGGUGUGGUCCGGUGCUGCCGGACCUGGAGCAUUUGCUCUCCAGCUUCGAGGUCACGUUGAGGCGCUGGCAGCGCCUCUCCCGCGAGGAGCAGGAGUCCGAUCCCUUCGCCAACUGCCUCUUGGGUCCCUUCGAGCAGUCGGGUGCAAAGUCAGGUAGCAGUGGUGGCGGUGGUGCAUCCUGUUUCUACUACGACCUGGAGAACGAGCGCACCGUCUUCAGCGAGGCGGAGCGCACCUCGGGGCUCUUGGUCCUUUCCCUGCCAGCCCUCACCGAGCUCAUGCAGGAUGUGGAAGUGCAGUCUCAGAGCCUCGUGGAGCUUCGCAUCCUGCGGGACCUGACGGUCGCGCGGAAGAACCGCGAGGUCCGCGCCAAGGCGGAGCGCGCAGAGCGCAGCCUCGGCCUCGGCCGCCGCAGCCUGCGGCACCGGGUGCAGCGGCGACUCAAGGACGACUCCAAGCGCUUCGGAACGAAUUUGGUCGGCCUCUUCAACCAGAAACGUCCGGUGAAGCAUGGCCAGAGCUGGUCCCCCGUGCCAGAAGAUGAGCCUGCAGAAGGGGCACCCGCCGAUCGGGACCAAAGAGAGGACGUGACGAUCCGCGCCGUGGCGGGCCGGCACGCGAGGGACUUCGUGCCCGAGCGCUUGCCGUGGCAGAUCCUGUGCCGGCUGACGCGCAUGUGCCAGAUCACCUGGUUCAUGUGUGGGAUCAUGACCUUGUUGAAGGAGUUGGGCAUCUUGCAGGUGGACUUCCAGCGGGGCGCGAAAGGUGCGCGGCACCUGCAAGAGCUGAAGGAGCUCAGAUUAGAGGAGCUGCCAGUUCAGUGGCCCAAUGGGACCUUCUUCGCACCGGAGGGCUUCGCCGGCGAGAGCGACCUGGUGAUCUCCAGCGGCUUGGGGCUCUACUUGGCUCAGGCAUCUGCAGAGGAGCCCUGGCGCCUGGAGCUGUUGGCGCGUGAAAGUCCGAGGGUCACCGCCUUGGGCCAAGGGGAAGAGUUGGUGCUCCUGGCGCCCGACGACGGCGGAUUGAAGUGGUGGGCGCUCCAUGAGCUCCAGCGAGGCUUGGCGCCCAGCCGAUUGCCCAUCGAAGGCCCCGUGCGGGCGCCCGUUGCCGUCCUGCCCAGGGAGUCAUUCAGUGAGCUCGAUGGGAAAAGGAGGUCCUUCGAGCCCGAGGGUCCGCCAGAGGAGAUUGAAGAAAUCGGGGAGACAAUGCAUACGUGCGAAGACCAGCUGGUCUGCAGGUGCACGAAUGAAAGGGUGCCCCAGUUUAAUGCGCGACUCUUCUUGGAGAACAAGGAGCAGAUCGGAAAGGUGGACGACGUCUUUGGUCCCAUCAACUCCUUCUACUUCUCUGUGAAGCUGGAAGAAGGGAUGCAGGCGGGAUCCUUCAAGAACGGAAAGAAGUUCUACAUCGACACCAUGAAAUUGCUGCCCAUGUCGAGAUUCCUGCCACAGCCGCCGAAGGGCGGUGGGAAGGGAGGAAAAGGCGGAAAGGGAGGGAAAGGCGGCAAAGGUGGCAAAGGCAAAGGAAAAGGAAAAGGGAAAGUUAAAGGUAAGAGCAAAGACAAAGGUGGAGGCGGAGGUGGCCGAGGGCGCGGCCGUGGUUGAGGACCGGGAUGAGAGGAGCUACGACAGGAAUGCGAUAGGAUUGAGCGCCAUGUACCUCACAAUAGACGGUAGCACGGGGUCAACAGUUUUGGAGAGUACCAAGAGAGUCAUCGGUGUUGCACCCGCUGUAUUCCAUUCAUUCUCAGACUUGCAGCCCUCCUUUCCCUUGAGCGCGAUGGUACCAACUGACGAAAUCGGUCAGUGCAGCCGGGACGCGGGGUCGAUCGCACCACGCGAAGACCGGAUCGGUGAAUCGGUGCGGAUGGUCGUUUAUAUACUUGCACGCCGCUCCGCACGCGGAGCACGAAGGCAUCAACAGUGGUUUCAAGUAAAAGCAAGAAGCGUCGGGACCUAUCCCCAUCCCCACGGCCC